GCCCAACAAUACUGCUACUUGCAUCUUUAGCUUAAUUUCCAGAGUUGAUCAUCUACCGUUCAGUCAUUCAAUUAUCAUUGUCGAUGCUUUUACGGAUUUUGCCCAUUUUCCAGUUGCGAUGCACCCGAUUCCCAACCAGACGAGGGGUAAGGGGUUUGCCUUGGAAAAACCUUUCACCAACCUCAGGGGAAAAUAAAAAUCACAUCUUUCGUCUCCUCCGACGAUGGAUCCCUUCGAGCAGAGACUGAGAGACGAGGUUGUAUACCUCCACUCUCUGUGGCACCAAGGCCCUCCUGCCUCCCACCACUCUUCUUCACGAGCCAUCCCCGUUUCAAACCCCGCGCCUUUCAAGAAACAGAACCCGGCCGCCGCCAAGAGGAAGGGGCACAAGAAGCACAAGAACAGCGAAGAACCGAAGGACCCAGAGAAAGAAUGGCCAUGCAAGGAAGAACCCAUCACUCAGCCCUCUCCCGCGUGGCCCGCCAUGAAGCAGAAGGAGCCCGGUUCCGGCCAAACGUCCCGGCCCGCCUCCGCGGAGGAGCAAGCCAAGAUCGCUGGGCAGGCAAUGCAGCAGAGGGCUCUCGAGAGAUGCCGCGGAUUGUUUGCGAAAGUCGGCGAUUCCGAUGGCGACGAGGAGGAGGAGAAGGACGACGACGACGAUGGAGAUGAAAAGGAGGAUGAUCGUGAGGAGGGCGACAAUGGCAGGUUAGAGGAGAGUGAGGAGUACAAGUGUAUAUUGGACGUGUUUGUGAAAGAUAGAGAGCUCAGGGAGUACUACGAGAGGAAUCACGAGAGUGGGGACUUUUGGUGCGUUGUGUGUGGCGCGCAAGGGGGUAAGAUGAGUAGGAGGAAGUUUAAGAACUGUGUUGGGGUUUUGCAGCAUUCGAUUAGCAUAUCCAAUACGAAGAAGAGGCGGGCUCAUAGGGCUUUUGGCUUGGUCAUUUGUAGAGUCAUGGGUUGGGACGUUGAGAGAUUGCCUCUUAUUGUCGCCAAGGGCGAGCCGCUGAGUCGCUCUUUGGCUGGUCCAAGUUUAUUGCAGCAGACAGUUUGUGAAGAAGAUGCUGCUACAAAGUCUAUUGAAAAUUGUGAAAAGGAAAUUUCAGUACCAGGGACCAAUGGAGAAGGGAAGGCAGAUGGCCUGGUACGGGAGAAGACUGCUGCCAAAGAAGAUGAUACCAUGGGCAUAAAAAAUCUAAACAGGGGAAACAUAGAUGCCAGAGCUGAUGAAGAGAAACUGCUACAGUGCUCUGAUUCUGUACCGUUGCCAACCUCCAGUGUUGAAUGGCCCUGUGGAAACCUUGUUGACAGUUCUUCCACAGCAGCAUCGGGAUGGCGUACCUUUAAAUCUUUAUCAAGUUGCUCAGUUUUGACUGAGGCGAAAGGGGGAUCCGAGAUGUGGCAUCAGAAAGUUUUCCAAGCUUGCCAUGCUUUUUUCCAAUGCAGGUCUGGUUCAGAAAGUGAUAGUGAUGAGGAGGCUGAUGAUGAAGAUGAUGAAGAAGAAAAUGAUGAUGAUGAUGAUGAUCCCUUGGAUGGAGACGUUGAUGGGGAAUGUGAAGUCAUUAAGUUCUUUAUGAAGCUGUUUAUGGAGAAUGCUGAAUUAAAGAGUUAUUAUGAGAGUAAAUAUGGAGAUGGUGAUUUCUGUUGUUUGGUUUGCGCUGGUGUUGGAAAGAAGCCGUGGAAGAGGUUCAAGGGGUGUAAUGGGCUUCUUCAGCACUGCACCACUAUAUGGAAGAUAAAGAAUCUGGCUCACAAGGCCUAUGCAAGGGCUAUAUGCAAGGUUCUCAAUUGGGAUAUCAACUGUUUUCCACCAAUUAAGACUACUUCAGAAGCUCUUGGUCACUGUUUAGUUCAGUCAGGUGAUAUGCAGGGUGGCAGUACGGAGAAAAUUUUGAUGUCCAUAAAUUGUCCAGAUGCUGAUGAUUCUGUAUCGUCACCAAUGUCCAGCAUCAAAUGGCCCUGUGAAAGCCCUGUAGACUGUGCCGGCAUGGCAGCAUCUGAGUGGCCUCCUUUUAAGUCUCCAUCAAAUUCUGCGAAUCACUCGGUUUUGGCUGAGGAAAAAGGAGAACCCGAAACUUGGCAUCAAAAGGUCCUUGAUGUUUGCCAAGCUUUUUUCAGUUGCACGUCUGGUUCAGAUAUUGACGGUGAUGAGGAGGCUGAUGAUGAAGAAGAAGAUGAAGGCGAUGAUGAUGAAGAUGUGUUGCAUGGGGAUGACGACGGGGAAUGUGAAAUUGUUAAAUUCUUUUCUAUGCUGUUCACAGAGAAUGCUGAACUGAGGAGUUAUUACAAUAGUAAAUAUACAGACGGCGAUUUCAGUUGUUUAGUUUGUGCUGGGGUUGGAAAAAAGCCUUGGAAGAGGUUCAAGGGGUGCACUGGGCUACUUCAGCAUGCCACCACAAUAGCCAAGACGAAGAGGAGGGCUCACAGGGCUUAUGGAAGAGCGAUAUGCAACCUUCUUUGUUGGGAUAUUAACAAAUUCCCAUCCAUUGUGAAUAAUCUGGAAGCUCUCAAUCACUCUUCAGUUCAACCAGCUGAUAUGCUGGGCAAUGGUGCCAACACACCUCCAAAAGACAAUGCUACCGCCUGUCAAGAUGUUGGUGCCCAGAUGCUUUGAGAGGUUAGCAACCAGCACAAACUUGAAAGGCAAUUAGUUAGGUGUUACUGUGAAUAGUCAGUAGUUAAUGGCUUGAACAACAUAUUAUCGAUUUGUUUGUUUCUCUUUUGUUAUCUCAAGGUCUUCUGUAUCAGGAUUGGCUGAAAAAAGAAAGAUUUGCACCAGAUAUGUGAUAGGGAUGCUCUUAAAGAAGGAUCACUGAAACGUGGAGGCCCUUAAUUUCAUUCAUCUUUGGAUGUCAA